AUGACGACACAGCACAUGAACAACCAAACGUACGGAGUGACUCCUCCAAUAUCCUUGACAGACCCCACAUCCAAAGACAAAGAGCUUAAUGAUUUAUUGAUAAAAGAGCUAAAAGUAAGGGGCUCCUAUGAAAGUGAAGCAGCAACGUUAAAAAGAGUUGAAGUAUUGACGACUCUUCAAAAGCUCACUGAAGACUUUGUUUACGAGGUUUCACUUCGAAAGAAUAUGACUCAGGGUAUGGCAAAAGAUGCUGGCGGAAAGAUAUUUACCUUCGGAUCUUACAGAUUGGGGGUCUACGGCCCAUCGUCUGAUAUCGAUGCACUUGUAGUGGUACCACGACACGUCACAAGAGAAGAUUUCUUUACAGUUUUUGAAAAGAUUCUUAGAGGUAGACCAGAACUUGAAGAAAUAAAUAGUGUCAAAGAAGCGUUUGUUCCCAUAAUCAAGUUAGAGUUUGCAGGAAUCUCGAUUGAUUUGCUUUUCGCCAAAUUGGACAUUCCUAGAGUUCCUCAUGAUUUAACUCUAGACGAUAAAAACUUAUUGAAAAACAUCGAUGAAAAAGAUAUGCGUGCACUCAAUGGGACCCGAGUUACGGAUGAAAUUUUGAGGUUGGUGCCUAAACCAACAGUUUUUAAGAACGCUUUGCGGUUUAUAAAGAUGUGGGCACAACAAAGAGCCGUAUACGCUAAUGUUUACGGCUUUCCAGGAGGUGUCGCGUGGGCUAUGUUAGUGGCUCGAAUCUGUCAACUAUAUCCCAACGCUGUUAGUGCUGUGAUAUUGGAAAAAUUCUUUCAAAUAUAUUCCCAAUGGAAUUGGCCCCAACCUGUGCUUUUAAAACAAAUUGAAGAUGGACCGUUGCAAGUUAGAGUUUGGAAUCCAAGAUUGUAUGCUAUGGAUAGACAACAUAGAAUGCCAGUUAUAACCCCUGCUUACCCCUCUAUGUGUGCAACUCACAAUAUAACAAACUCAACGCAAAAGAUAAUAAUGAACGAAUUCAAUAGAGGUGUUGAGAUCAUAGGUGAGAUAUUUACUGGCCAAAAGGUGUGGUCACAUUUACUAGAGAGACACAGUUUCUUCCACCAAUACAAGUUUUAUUUAUGUGUGGUGGCAGCAACAAAGUCGAACGCUGAGGAACACCUCAAAUAUAGUGGUAUGGUUGAGAGCAAGCUCAGGUUACUAGUUCAAAAGUUGGAGCAAGUUGAUGGUGUUGAAUUAGCGCAUCCUUACGUCAAAUCAUUCGAGAAUGCUUAUUACUGUAAAUCGGAUGAAGAGAUGCUGUCUAUUGUCAACGCAUAUGGGACCUUACAAGGUGAUGAAAUUGCUUCCCAUUUUAGCACUCCAAAGGAACGCAAGAUGGAAGAAAGUGAAGUGGAAGUAAAUUUGACAAAGCUAUACAUUGGCUUGAAAUUGAAUUUAAUAAGAGAUGGUGAGAAAAAGCUAGACAUUCAGUAUCCUUGUUCAGACUUUUUUUCCAUUUGUAAGAAUUGGCCCGAAUUCAAUCCAGCAAUUCAUUUCAUUCAAAUUAAAAAUGUAAAGUUGUACGAUUUACUGGCGGACGUUUAUAUUGAGGGGGAGCAAAGACCAGUCAAAGUGUCUAAAAGAAAGCGUUCGCUUACAAAAGAUGAAGGGAAAAAAAGGCCUAGAAGUAUAGAAUCCAUAGCUUCGAAGAGUUAA